GGAGAAAUAGAGAAAAAUGCUGAAGCGAAUAUGAUUUUAAUGUGUGAACAAGUCUGAUUUAAUGUUGUGCAAACUUAAAUGUACAUAUUACGUUUCGUUUAACAUAUUUGUUGAUUGAUCGCAAAUUACCAGACUGGCGUAUUUUCAUAGACAUAUUUCAGUGCGUAUUCUGCAUUUAAUGGUGUAUUCGGUAGACUGACUGAAGAAUCAGUAAAUCAAUGAAACGACCAAAGAGAAUAAUCUAAAUAUAUAUAAAUGGAUGGAGUGGAUGAAUGUUUGUAAUUGGUACUAGAUAGUAAAGUAAAAUACGGCGAUAUAUACACUGUAGGACACUUAUGUAUGAACAGUAUUCAAUUUGAGUGAGACAGUUCCGACAGUGCGACAGUGCACACUGAUUGUGUUUUACAAAUAAGACUCCAAAAGAAAGAUCAAUAAAAUGUUAAAUUUAAAACAAUAGGCUAUUUUAUCACACAGUGAAGAGCCAUUUACACAUGGUGAAAAGUCACGUACUCAUUUACAACUAUAAACAAAAAUGAUCCACGUAAGAAAGUGACAAAUAAAUAAAGUCGAAACAGUGCAUGCAUUUUGUCCCAACAAAAUGGAUAUCAAAAAUAUUCAGAAAAACGCCAUGCAAAAAAGUGCGGAGUUCACUUUCACUCCGCCACCCGAGGCUCCAGUAUUUGAACCUACAGCUGAAGAGUUUUUGGAUCCCUUGAGUUAUAUCGCUAAAAUUCGUCCUGUGGCUGAGAAAACAGGAAUUUGCAAAAUUAAGCCACCAUCUCGAUGGCAACCACCUUUUUCGUUAGACGUAGACAAAUUGAAAUUUGUUCCUCGCAUUCAAAAAGUAAAUGAGCUGGAAGCUAUUACAAGGUUAAAACUAUUAUUUCUUGAAAAAAUCUUAAAAUUUUGGGAUUUACAAGGGUCACCAUUAAAGAUACCUAUGAUUGAAAAUAAAACUCUGGACCUUUAUUGUUUAAAAUUUUGGGUUGAUGAAGAAGGUGGUUUCGAAAAUUGUAAUACUCCUAAAAAAUGGCGAAAGAUAGCAAAUUCCAUGGGUUACAGUCAAAAUACCAGUACAAUGAAUUUUUUAAGGAGCAAUUAUGAGAAAAUAUUACUUCCAUAUGAAAUAUUUGAGAAAAGCAAAGCUGAUAUUUUGAAAACAGUUAAAAAGACUGAAACAAAAACUGAAUCUAAGGUUGGAGAACCUGGAAAAUUAAUGUUUAAAGAAGUAUCAGUAGAAUCAAUUACCAAAGUCAAGGAUGAGAGCGAAGUGAAAGAAGAAAAGCUCAGCAAAAGUAUAAAGAAAACAAAAACAGGUUCAGAUAUUACAAUUGAAAUAGAUUUGACCAAAAGUAAUUUAGAAAAUGAAGUAUUAAAAAGAAACCGUGAGUUAAGAAGAUUGGCUUGCUAUGGACCAGGACCUAAAAUGCCAGGACUCAAUGAUGAAGAAUUUGAUAUAACUAAAUCCAGAAAAAGACCGCGGUAUGAUUUGGAUCCAUUAGCAAUUUAUAUUUGUGCAAUUUGCCAAAAGGAUCACAGAGAUGACCUGCUUCUCAUUUGUAAUGGUUGUCAAGAUACUUAUCAUACAUUCUGUUUAAAACCACCACUGACAGCUGUGCCAGAUGGAGACUGGCGAUGUCCCUGUUGCAUUGCGGCAGAGGUACAUAAACCAGCAGAGGCAUUUGGGUUUGCUCAAGCUGAAAGAGAAUAUACGCUUCAGCAGUUUGGAGAAAUGGCAGAUAAAUUUAAAUCUGAAUAUUUUAGCAUGUCUGGUCAUUUGGUUCCCACUAAUGUUGCAGAGAAAGAAUUUUGGAGAAUAAUUUCAUCAGUAGAGGAAGAUGUUACGGUUGAAUAUGGAGCAGAUUUACAUUCAAUGGACCACGGCUCUGGAUUCCCAACUAAAUCAUCUCUAAAUCUCUAUCCUGGUGAUCAAGAAUAUGUUGAUUCUGGUUGGAACCUCAAUAACUUGCCAGUCUUAGAAGGCUCUGUAUUAAGAUUUAUUAAUGCAGACAUAUCAGGUAUGACUGUCCCUUGGAUGUAUGUAGGGAUGUGCUUUUCAGCAUUUUGUUGGCAUAAUGAAGAUCACUGGAGUUAUUCUAUAAAUUAUUUACAUUGGGGUGAAGCAAAAACUUGGUAUGGAGUACCUGGGAGUGGAGCAGAACUUUUAGAAAAUGCAAUGAAAGCAGCAGCUCCUGACCUUUUCAAAACCCAACCAGAUUUACUGCAUCAGUUAGUUACUAUAAUGAAUCCUAACAUUCUUAUGGCUGCAGGGGUGCCAAUUUACAGAACUGAUCAGCAAGCUGGAGAGUUUGUUAUCACUUUUCCAAGAGCAUAUCAUGCUGGAUUUAAUCAAGGAUAUAACUUUGCUGAGGCAGUUAACUUUGCUCCUCCUGAUUGGUUACCUAUUGGACGAGAAUGCAUCACUCAUUACAAAAAAUUAAAAAGAUUCUGUGUAUUUUCUCAUGAUGAACUUAUAUGUAAAAUGGCAUUAGAAGGAGAUAGAUUAGACUUGGAUACUGCAUUACAAACACAAAAAGAGUUAAUGCGCGCUACACAAGAAGAGGGAUCUUUCCGUGGAAAGCUGGCAGACAAAGGUAUUAAGAAUGUUCGCAGAACUGCAUUUGAGCUGCUCGGUGAUGAUGAACGACUUUGUGAAAUCUGCAAAACGACUUGCUUCUUAUCAUCUGUUUCAUGUAGUGAAUGCAAACAUAUGGCAUGCUUACAACAUGCAGAAGUUAUGUGUGAAUGUAAGUGGGAGAAAAAAACCUUAUACUAUAGGUAUGACAUGGAUGAAUUGCAUAUAAUGGUACAAACAAUUGACUUUAGGGUUAACAGCUUUGAUAAAUGGAUGACUGAUGCCAAGACCCUUUUGCUCCCCACUGCCCCUGAUAUAGGUAGACUUCAAAAAUUGAAAAAUUUGAUUGAUGAAGCUGAUGAGUUAAAAUUACCAAAAUGCAAGUUAUUUCAUCAGUUAAAAGAAGAAUAUACAAAAACCACCGAGAACACUGAACCGAUUGUAAUAGAACUUGAUGAUGAUUAAUUUAAAAAACCAACUGUAGUACAAAAUAUUGUAGUGAUUGACCUUAAAAUUAUGAUCAAUGAAAAAUUGUCAUGAAGAGAUAUCAAAUAAUACUAGUGCUACAUCUAUCUCAGUCUAGAAAAUAAGAAACUUGUUUCAUAUUAAAAUUAUAGUUGCAAGUUUUUAUUAACUUCCUAGUAUGUCAUCAAUAACAUAAAAUAUUGAUUCUUACAAUGUUAGAGUAUUAUAAUUUUUUUUUAAAUAUAAAUAAUAGCUCUGCACUCUUAGUUCUUAUAACAAGGUUGCUGAAUAUUGUUAUUUGUGUAGUAUAGUAUUAUAUCUGUAUAUUUGAAUGUAAGGUUUAGAUUGACAUUGUAAGUGUUUUAUGUAACUCUCCAAUUUCACUUAUAUUUUAUUUUAUGCUGCCUCUUCACUCUGCGCAUUUGGUCAAAUAUUCUGUAUCCGAUUGAAACAAAAUAAACUUAAAAUUAGUGUAAUUUUGUUUAGACUUGGUACUGACUAUUUGCACAAAUUCGGUAAAGAUGUUAUACACCCACAAUGAGUUAUCAUGAUGAUUUGUAAAGCUCUUAUAGUCUUGCCGAUGUGUUCUUGUGAAAUGCUGUUAUUAACAUGAUUAUUAGUUAAAAAGAUAAAUAUGCUAUAUUAUUCUGAACAUAAGUGUGUUACAUCCCACCGCCUAUGAAUAUAUUUAAUUUAGUGCUUUGUUUUAAAAAUUGUUAAAUUAGAAUAUGAUCACUAAUUAUUUAAGUGUGUGCGUUUGAAUUCUAGUGACAAUUAAUGGAUGCAUAUAUUGAACCUUUUGCUGUAUUAUUUAGACCUUUGCUGACUCAUAUAAUAAUACGAUAAUUGUGUGAAACUUCAUUUAUCUUCCAUAUCCAGAAUUAUUAUUUUGGUUACAUAUUAAUGAAAACAUAAUUGAUCUCAAUAAAAACUUUGCUGUUUCAUUUAGGGACAAUUGCAUUACUAAAAUUCCUUAAAUUCCAAGCCAAUAUUUUGUAAAAUACUAAUAACAAUUCUAACUUAUUCUAUCUAUACUAUACAAGAGAAAUGAAUAUGCAAUUUAAUAAUUAUCCAAGUGAAAUACUUAUCACCUAUAUUGUAAUGUAAAGUUAAGAAAGCAGAGUGUUUCGAAGUAAUUUUAUGUGUAAAGUAACAAAAUGUCCGCUAAAUUAAUUUUAUAUUCAAUUCCAGUUUAUUCACAUAUUUUGUUGAGACAUAUGAAAGUUCAAAUUAGUAACAGACCCAGAAGCACUUGUAAUAUUCUUGUUAUAAUGCAGAAAUAUAAUUCUAAAAUACGCGUAUGAUGUAGAUAAGAAUUUGGUGCCGAAACUAAACAGAAAAAAUGUUUGGACAUUUCUAUUUCAGUAAAUACUUGAUCGAAGGGUAAAUUCUAUAAAAAUGCCGAUGGUGUCGUGUAGCAAUAUAGCCACAGUAGUUUAAAAAUUGAUAAUACUAGUAGGUACAUUCAGCAUGUUUCGUUUAUUUUAAUAUCCUGUGCAAUGUUCUACAAACUGCGUAUUGCGACUGCGUAUGUAUCAUCAUCCGGCCUAUUUCCAGCGCUAAGCAGUGAUCUCUUCCGAUUUGAAUAGCCGUUAUACAAUACAAUGCAAUUGAGACAUCACAAGGUUAUCAAAGUCUCCAAACCAGUUAACAGGAUCUCAGAGUUACCUAAUUGGUCGGCUCAAUAACUGUCACGCAUCACCUUUAGAGAUUAUUAUGUGAAAGAAUACUAACUACCUACGAUCAGACUAUAAAAGAUACAAGAAGACGGUAUGAAAUGCGAAUAAGCUAUUACCCUCCAAAGUAAACAAAUACAAGGUAUUUUACGAAUACAGAUGCUGGACAUAACUCCCGUUCGCUCGACGCAUUCAAAUUCUAGACAUAAAAAUUAAAUUAAUAAAAAUAAAAACAUUUUUCCACUAUUUUUUGUAGGUAUUCGGUUUCGAGUUGUUUCCCAUUAGAUGAAGUUCUUUUUAAAAUAGGAAGGAACAAGGCCCAAACUUUGUGAUUCAUGACCAUUAAUAUUCAUAAAUGAUUCCUUGCUAUAACUGUUAUACCGACGACGGAUUAAUUUAUAUAAAAAAAUUGCUUGACAAUAUUUUUUUUAAAGAAUUUGGAAAUCCAGAAAUUUAACCAAAAUGAAUUAAUUAUUGAUGUCUAUCUUAAUUUUCCAUUUCAUAAACUUAAUAUAGUGACGUAGUUGUAAGAUUUAUUUGAUUGAGACUGCAAAAUAUAUUUUUAAGUGUCGUAAAUGUUCAUUAUGUUACACAAGGUAAAUCAUAAGUUUAUUUACAUUUAAUAAAAAUUUUCAUUAGUGUGAUUUGUACGUACUGUGAUUUUUUGCUGCGAACACCUACAUAUAUUAUUGUAACAAAACGUGAGUAUUAUAUAACUAGUAAUAAAUUAUAAUUUUCAGUAGUGCA